UUAUUCUCUAGCUGAGGAUGAUGAUGUUGAACAAGAUAGAUACAGUGUCUGUUCCCUGGAGCCACCAGAGAAGACAGACAUGUAAAUAAACUAUCACCAUUAAGGCUCAUUUUGGAAUUUUAUGGUAGGUAUUUUGUUAUAUUUGGUGUCAGUGGUAACAUUGCUACUAGCGUUGUGGAUAGGAGCCAGGAUCCUGCAAUGUACAGGACAGUCCUGCCCAUUGAAAAAAUGUUCACACUUUCAAAUGUCUUGCUGAACAUUCAGGUAGGUGAAAAUUCUAUUUCUAAAUUAUCUGAAUCUAAACCUGUUUUCUGGAUAAACAUGUAUUUUUGCACAGUUUUAACAUACACUGAUCUUCCAGGAAUGUAAUUAUUGUAUAAUCAAGAGACGAUUGUCCUGUGUUUCAUUCACAACUUCACCAAAACAUGUUUGCCAUUUUGGAUCAUAAUUUUGUGACUUUUGUAACAAUGAAAGUCACAGCUUUGUGGCUGUGGCACUCAGACAACGUCUAUGUGUAAAGGCGACCACCUUAUUAGGUCUCCUGCAGCAGCCAAGACCAAACACAUUGAAGUAUGUGUUUUUAAACGACAGAUGACGGUCCUCUUUUUUUUCUCUUUCAUUACACUUAAGGCAUAACAUUAGUUUUUAAUAUGUAGGUGUGUAUGUUAUGUAUGAUUUUCUAGGCCAUUAUAUAUGAAUAUCAGGUCAGGAGAAUAAGAUGGACAUUACAAACUAUUUGUUAGAAAAAGGGGGCAUUGGGUGUGACAGCGCGCCAUCCACUGGUCCAUUUCCAAGACUCCCACACGUGGCUGCACCUGCAGCUUCACCUCCCCGGGCUGGGUCCCCGCUUGGCUCUGAUUCUUACCUGCCCUAUUCCCCAGGGGUAACAGUCACCGUGGGCCAGACUCGAGCUAGCCGACAGGGAUGCGGCCACAGCUGGCCGGGCGUGACCACCACCGAGGCGGAGCGACCUUGCUCCUAGAGAGGCCCGGCCGCCUGGUGACGCACUUCCGGCAGCGCCGGGGAGCAGCCCGCUACGGAGCUUGCGCCCAUUGGAAGGGGAAACGCACGUUGCUGUCCCAGCCACGAGGCCCUGAGAAUUUAGCACUUGAUCGACGGGGGAAGAUGUGUCGGUGCAGCUAAAAGAUGGAAUAUUUGCGGGCGUGAAGCGGCCUGAGCUCCAGCCCUUCUCUGAGACGGGGACCAGGGGAUGGCAGCCAUGCACCUGACAACCUGGCCCCAGGGACUUCACGGAUCCCCUGAAGCUCAUCCAUGGACUUCCAUGGACUACAGGGCCUGAGCCAUGGAAUUGGCCCUAGGGCAGCAGGAACCUAUUGUUUCAGAAGUCGGUGACCUUUGAGGACGUGGCUGUGUACUUCACCCAGGCGGAAUGGGAUGGCCUGUCCCCUGCACAGAGGACCCUGUACAGGGAUGUGAUGCUGGAGAAUUAUGGGAAUGUGGCCUCCCUGGGAUUUCCACUUCUCAAACCUGCUGUGAUCUCACAACUGGAGGGAGGAGGUGAGCUGGGGGGCCCAUCUCCACUGGCUGCAGGAACAGGCCUCCAGGGCCUCCAGACUGUAGAUAUUCAGACUGACAAUGAUUUGACAAAGGAAAUGCAUGAAGGAAAAGAGAAUGUAUCAUUUGAACUUCAAAGAGACUUUUCCCAGGAAACAGACUUUUCAGAAGCCUCUCUUCUAGAGAAACAACAGGAAGUCCACUCAGCAGGAAAUAUAAAGAAGGAGAAGAGCAACACCAUUGAUGGAACAGUGAAAGAUGAGACAAACCCCGUGGAGGAGUGUUUUUUUAGUCAAAGUUCAAACUCAUAUCAGUGUCAUACCAUCACUGGAGAGCAGCCCUCUGGGUGUACAGGAUUGGGGAAAUCCAUCAGCUUUGAUACAAAACUCGUGAAGCAUGAAAUAAUUAAUUCUGAGGAAAGACCUUUCAAAUGUGAAGAAUUAGUAGAGCCCUUUAGGUGUGACUCUCAACUUAUUCAACAUCAAGAGAACAACACUGAGGAAAAGCCUUAUCAGUGUUCGGAGUGUGGCAAAGCUUUCAGCAUUAAUGAGAAAUUAAUUUGGCAUCAGAGACUUCACAGUGGGGAGAAACCCUUCAAAUGUGUGGAGUGUGGGAAAAGCUUCAGCUACAGUUCCCAUUAUAUCACACAUCAGACAAUCCACAGUGGGGAGAAGCCCUAUCAGUGUAAGGUGUGUGGGAAGGCCUUCAGUGUUAAUGGAAGCCUAAGUAGGCAUCAGAGAAUCCAUACGGGAGAGAAGCCCUAUCAGUGCAAGGAAUGUGGAAAUGGCUUCAGCUGUAGUUCUGCAUAUAUUACACAUCAGAGAGUCCACACUGGAGAGAAACCUUAUGAGUGUAAUGACUGUGGGAAAGCGUUCAAUGUUAAUGCAAAAUUAAUUCAACAUCAGAGAAUCCAUACUGGAGAGAAACCUUAUGAAUGUAAUGAAUGUGGAAAAGGCUUCAGGUGCAGCUCCCAGCUUAGGCAGCAUCAGAGCAUCCACACAGGAGAAAAGCCCUAUCAGUGUAAAGAGUGUGGAAAAGGCUUCAAUAAUAAUACAAAACUCAUUCAGCAUCAGAGAAUCCACACAGGUGAGAAACCCUAUGAAUGCACUGAAUGUGGAAAAGCCUUCAGUGUCAAAGGGAAGUUAAUCCAACACCAGAGAAUUCACACAGGCGAGAAACCCUAUGAGUGUAAUGAAUGCGGGAAAGCCUUCAGAUGUAACUCCCAAUUUCGGCAGCAUCUGAGAAUUCACACUGGGGAGAAGCCCUAUGAGUGUAAUGAGUGUGGAAAGGCCUUCAGCGUUAAUGGGAAACUAAUGCGGCAUCAGAGAAUUCACACUGGGGAGAAACCUUUUGAAUGUAAUGAGUGUGGGAGAUGCUUUACUUCUAAAAGAAACCUACUUGAUCAUCACCGAAUCCAUACUGGAGAAAAGCCCUAUCAAUGUAAGGAAUGUGGGAAAGCCUUCAGUAUCAAUGCCAAACUAACUAGGCAUCAGAGGAUACAUACUGGGGAGAAACCUUUCAAAUGUAUGGAAUGUGAGAAAGCAUUCAGCUGUAGUUCUAACUAUAUUGUGCACCAGAGAAUCCAUACAGGAGAGAAACCCUUUCAGUGUAAGGAGUGUGGAAAAGCCUUCCAUGUUAAUGCCCAUUUAAUUCGGCAUCAGAGAAGCCACACUGGGGAGAAACCCUUCAGAUGUGUGGAAUGUGGCAAAGGCUUCAGCUUUAGUUCUGACUACAUUAUACAUCAGACAGUCCACAGUUGGAAGAAACCCUAUAUGUGUAGUGUGUGUGGGAAAGCAUUCAGGUUUAGCUUCCAGCUCAGUCAGCAUCAGAGUGUCCAUAGUGAAGGAAAAUCCUAAUAAUGAGAAAGAUAUAGAAAACUCUUAAGGUUAAUGCCAAAAUGGAUCAAGUAUCAUCAGAUUCAUCCAUUGAAAAACCUCCAAGAGGGCAUGAAUAUGGCAGAGUCUUCAUAUGGAAACAGUUUUUAUUCUAUUCAGUUUUAAUCAGGAAAGGAUGACCAGUUAAAGAGAAACAUCCAAAAAUAAAUAGCUUUGUUUUGUACCAACAGGAAUUAGAAAAUAUAAUGAAAAGAUUUCGUUCCCAGCAGCAUCAAGAAAAGUAGAUUUUCUAGAAAUAAACAGUUAUGGAGGACUUGUAUGGAGAAAUUUAAGUCUUCACUGAGGGCCACUUUACAAAGGAAAUUUGAAUAAGUGGAGAGAGAGAGAAGCCUUGUUGUUGGAUAGGAAAACCCGUACUAAAGAUACUCUACCUACAUUAAUUUAUUUGUUUAAUUUUUGACAACAAGCAUGUAUUACUUUUGAAAAGAUGAAAAAUAAAGAUUUAUUUAAAAAAGGAAAAA